AUGCGGGGCAAGUUUGUGGCGGUGCUGCUUGUCGGGAUGGUGAUGAGCGAGCCGAGGAGGGUAAUACUGAGGAGGUAUGAGGAGAGCCUUCAGAUCUCAGGCUCGGCGUUAAGUCUCGUAGGAGGAGUCGAAACUCUGCUGUUGGACGAAGGGGAGAAGUUUGAUGUGGAAUACGUGAAUCAACUCCACGAGAACACUAUUGUGCAUGCUCAUGGCUUGAAUCCAGCUUCAUACAAGACAGGUCAGGACGGCUUUCCACUUGUAGAGGACUGGCUGAUACCAGCUGAUCGUGCAAAGCAUGUAGUUUUCGACAUCAAUCAAACUGGUACCUUUUUCAUGCAUUCGCACUACGGAAUGCAGCACGCCAAAGGCCUUGCCCUCCCGAUCAUCAUCAGGGAAAGGAAUUUCCCCUCCUCGUUGGGUAUUGUACAUGGCCAUUUGAAUGAUGCUGAGGAUUUCAUCUUAAUGUUGGAGGACUGGUGUCCUUACACGAUGAUGAGAACGUCGGACGAAAAGUGCUCUCUGAAUUCGCCAGAUUCCGCACUCGCACAAAUGAAGCUUAUGUGGACAAGCGUUCCGAAGCUCAUUCAAGCUUCUUUUCAGACAUGUGAGGCUCCAGUUGAUGAGUCGCAUGUGAAGUACGAGAGACACACGAUCAACAGGAAGCAGGAGUUCCAAACAGAAAUGUCAACUGCCGAGACCUAUGCAAGGUUGCGUCUGAUAAAUGGAGGAUCAAUGACCAAUUAUCGAAUUCAUUGUCCAAAAGGGUCGAAGAUCGUUCAAGUGGAUGGAAACUGGGUUGUUCCAUACAGUUGCGACAAGCUCUGGAUCUCCGUAGGUCAAAGAUAUGACUUGCUAGUCCAAAAGUCCACAGAAAUUACCCUCCUUGCUAUUGCAGAAUCCUUCAAUCGCGUUCCAAACAUGAACGACGUAGCUAUAUUUCGAGCUCUCUUUGCAAAUUCGACGUCUCCUCGCACGUCUCUUCCACUUGCUCUGAAUGCGACUGGUCGUGCUGACGAUGAACUCGACUUCCGUCUUCGCCGCGUGCAGGAAGCUCCCAUGGACUACUCGGGCGCAGAGAACAUUUCCAUUCGGCUAAGUGGGAAGCAUGGCUACAUGUCAAUCAAUGGCUCCAGCCUCAUACCUCCAGGACCUUCCGAUCCAGAUUUUACGUGCGUUGGAGAACCGCGAAUCUUCAGGCUUCAAAGGGGAAAGAAGUAUUGUUUCACACUUGUCAACUCGAAUGGUGAUUCGCAUUCCUUUCACAUGCAUGGACAUGACUUUGUGACACUUGAGACAAGUGACGGUGAGAUUCCUUACAUGCACGGCCUAAAUUCCCCAGUUUUUCGUGACACGGUGCUUGUUCCUGGGGGAAAUUGUGCUCGGAGAAAGAUCUGCUUUGAAGCAAGCAAUCCUGGAGGUGGAGUUUGGCCAUUUCAUUGUCACAUGUCCUUUCAUUUGUCAGCUGGAAUGCUGCUUUUGCUGGCGUAUGAAGACAGUGUAAAAAGUGACACGAACCUCAUCGAUGUGUGUAAUCACAAAUCGAUUCAGUUUUGGAACAAAGCGAAGCCAUAUUUUGCCGGUGGGUUACUUGCCAUGAUUUUCUUGUUCAGUGUCUACCUUGCAUUCCAAAGGAAAGGAUUGAACGAGGGUGGCAGAAUAGCAAAAGGAAGGAAGAAUUCAAGGCAUCGAAAACCGAACAAGCCUCACGAAGUUUUCACUGGUCAGAAGAGCAACCAGUCACAGAAGUCAAGGGAGGAGCGAGAUGAACUGAUAACAGGCCAUCUGCCUGGGUUGCGCUCAAUGGUUUGA